GAUGGUUUGACACCACUAGUUGUAGCGCAAAAGAGAAAAAUAGAAAUUAUUUGCGCCGCCUUCGGCCCACUGCAAAUCGAAUCAACGGGAUUGAAAAAUCCUGCCCGAAUCGAGUAACCAAAGAGCUUCACAUCAGAGGCCCUCGAGGGAUUUAUUUUAGUUAUUUAAACAUCUCGCAGUGAAGCAACGUUUCUAAUAAGCAAGCAUAUAUAAAUGGUUUCUACUUUCAUCGGCCUAUUGGACAUUCAAUCAUGGUGGGAGAUACCGUGUAUUUCGCAUUUCUGUUCAUUGUUUAGUUCCGCCUUCGAAUUACCCGAUAUAGACAUCGAGGAUCUUGAAUCGGCGCUGCUCUCCGAUGGUACCAGCGACGAGGAUCAGGUUGCCCUAGUGCCCGAAUUGAUUGUGCGCCUCCUCAAGGGCUGCGAUGCGCUCCAAUCGGUAGCCAAGGAGAUCACACACAGCAACUAUCAGAUGUUCUUGCGCCGCCUGUUGCGCCAACAGUGUCGUCUGCAUCAAACAGAGAAUCCCUUCGACACGGACAUUGACUUUCAAUCGCUGCCACCGCGCAAGCGCCUCCACAUUCUGCACGCUCUGUGCCACUUUCGUCUGGAAUCUGCCGAUGUGCAGGUCAUACUCAGCAAUCUAGAGGCGGACAGCCUGCGCGUAGAGCCACUCGGCCACGACGCCAAAAAUUCCGGAUAUUGGUAUUUCUACGGCACUCGUUUGUAUCGCGAGGACAAGGCCGUUGGCGGGGCCGCCGCAGCAGCAGCAGCAGCCGCAGCAUCGGCUGGCGGUGCAGGCAGCAACUGCAAUACCGUGUGGCAGGUUAUCUGCUUCACCGAGGAGGACUGGCAGAACUUGGCGGCCAAAUUCAAGACCUCAAAGAAUGCCAAAGAGCGUGAACUCUUCCAAAUACUCAACAAGAACUUUCUGCCCAAGCUGCCGCAGCUUUUCCGCGAGCGUGAACGUCUAAGGAGGAGAAAACUCCUGCAAGUACGAAACUCGAGUCGCAUUCGCAGCAUCGCUGAGCUGAAGGCUCGCCAGGAGGAGGAGCGUCUGGAGAGGGAGCGCGAAAUCGAACGGGAACGCCAGCGCGAGCAGAGAGAGCGAGAGUACAGAGAGCGCCAGAACGCACAGUGGGUGGCACCGUCAUCACAGAACCAGAACCAGCGCACACGCAGACGCUCUCAAUCAACAUCGACGGCCAGCGGUAUUUCCACAUACGCAAGCUCCUUUCGACGUACCACAACCACUAAUUCGAGCGAAUUUCUGUGCCACAGGGAAACCUUCUGCCUCUCGCCAGAAAGUGACGAAGACACCGACACCGAAGAGGAGGAGGAAGAGGACGACGACGACGCCAAAACCAACGAAGCGGAACAGUCUUCGUCGCCAACAGAACAGCAAGAGCAGGAGAAUCAAUUAAUUGCUGCAUCAGCAACAGCCGACACAGAUUUCCGAACGCCUCAAACACCGCCGCCGUCAGAAUCGCAAACGCCAGCAGAAUCAAAGAGCAAGGGCCAUCAUCACCACCACCACCAUCAUCAUCACCAUCACCACAAGAAGAAAAAGUCGGGCAAGAAGCAAAAGAAGCGUUCGCGGGAGCAUCGUCACCAUCGGAGGCGUCACAAGCAUGCCUCAGAGGCAGAGGCAGACCAAGAAGACGACAACAACAACCAGCAGCAGCAGAGCGAGAACAGCAGCAGCAGCAACAGUGUGUCGCAUAAGCGACGUCGUCGUCAGCAGCAGCAGCUACAACAGCAGCAAAGGGAACAGCGCACAGACGCUUCAGAAGAGCGACUGCAUGCCCCAUCUCUGAGUCCCGAGGACAAGGAGAACUUUUGUCGGCAGCUUCAGCUUUUGGACUCGAAUUCGGCGGCCAUUGCAGUGGCCACAAGCAUAGCAGACCUGAGCAUACCCUCGCCAGUGGCACAUGAGAGCGACGCGGAGCAGCAGGAGGCGCAACCGCAGCAUCAGCAGCAACCAGCAGAGCCCCCAGCUCGACCACGACAGUCGACGGCCGCUGCAAAGCGCGCACAACGGCAAAUGGCGCCGGCGGCGAAUGUAAAGCUGCCAGGCCGGCAAACCAACAAUUCGCUCAGUUCGCUGACAGGCAACAUUUUCAUACCAGGCAGCGGUACAACACCACAACAACAGCAGCAGCAGCCGCAAUCGCAGCAGCAACAACAUCAGCAAUCGCAGAGCAGCAGCAGCAACAGCAGCGGGUCCGGCGCCUCGGGAUCUGCCAGCACUGUGCGCUCGAAGAAACAAAAGGCCGUGCUGAAUAGCUCGACCGACAAAGAGACGACGGGCAACAAGAGCAAGAAGUCAAUACCUUCAUCGGCCUCAUCAUCGUCCAGCAAGGCGGAGCGGCACAGUGGUGCCUUCUCGGACAAGAGUGGCGAUGACUUCACCGAAACGGAGGAAGUGCUACAAAUUGGAAUGCACAAGGUGCUCGUCUAUGUGAAGAAUCAUCGGGAUGCUUGGCCAUUUAUGGAUCCCGUUGAGGAGGAUAUAGCACCGCGAUAUUAUUCCAUUAUUAGGAGACCCAUGGAUCUACUGAAAAUGGAGGAUAAACUGGACAGCGGAGAGUAUCACAAAUUUGGUGAAUUUCGUAAUGAUUUUCGCUUGAUUGUCAACAAUUGUCGGCUGUACAAUGGUCACAAUAAUGAAUACACGGAAAUGGUGAACAAUCUGCAGGAUGCCUUUGAGAAGGCCACCAAAAAGUACUUUGACAAUCUGUCGGACGACGAGGAUGAUGACCCGAAUUUAAGUUAUCCUGCUGCCGAUUCCAAAAUGAAUGUUUUCCGCGAAAAGUACUUCAGCAAGAAGGCCAAGGAAGAGGAGGGCAAGGAUGCGGCUGGGAAUGCUUUACGUCCGGAUAGCAGCGCCGAUGAAGAGGAGCCGCUCAGUGCCAUGGAAGAGCCAUUGGCGGAGGCGGCAGCAUUAGCAGCGGCCACUGCACAGAGGGCCCAAAAGCGCAAGCGCAAGGAGAAGGAUAAGCGGCGUAAAAAGAAGACCAAAACCAAGGCGGAUCGCAGCGGUGGGCAUCAGGAGGACAUGGACACGGACGAGGAGGAGUUUGAGCCCGAAAAAGAAGCAACGCCGCCUCCGCCGCCGCCACCAGCACCACCUCCAGCCACCUCCAAAAAAAGCAAAGCUGGCAAAGUAAUCAAAGAAAAGGAGAAGGAAAAGGAGAAAGAAAAGGAGCCUCCAGUUGCCGUCAAACGCGGACGAAAGGGCAAAGGCGAGAAGGCCACAGCAAAGGCGGGCGGCAAAACACAGCAAAAGACCAAAAAGGGUGGCAAAAAGUCCGCACCCGAAACGGAGUCGGACCUAAGCGAUCCUCGCGAGGACGAGGACUCCAGCGAUGACGAGCAGUUGGCCUUGGCCAAGGCCAAGUCUCUGAUGAAGCCCUCCGCCCGCACGAUAGCGGCCCAAAAGAAGAAAUCCGUGCCGGCCGAAUCAAAAGUGAAGACACCGACGCCCGUGAAGCGUCCGGUGAAGGGCAAGAAGUGCGGCAGAAAGGCCGCCAAGGCAGAGGAAGAGACGACGGAGCUGGAUAGCGAUCAUUCGGAUGUGGAUGUUAAGAAGCAGCUUCUGCCACCCACUGCAGCUGCAGCUCUCGCAGAGUCCGCCGCAGAGUUGGAGGAGGAUGAGGAUGAUGACGACAACGAGGCCGAUGAGGAUGAGGAUGGAUCGCGUUCGCGUAGCAUGUCACCCUUUAAGGUUGAUCUCCACAAGAAAUACUCAAAAAGUGCCCUUAACGAUGAUCUCUCCGAGCUGCUGACGACGGUGAAAAAGGUACCCACCGCAGAGACCACGAAACUCAGUGCAAAGCACGAGGACGAGGACAAGGAUGAGGAGGAGCAGCACAACACCCGUCGCGUGUCCCUAAGCAGCAGUCGUUCGAGCUCCACAGAACGUCGUGCCUCGCCAGUCGCCACCAAGCGAGGGAAGAAGGCAGCGGGAGAGAGCUCCUCGCCAUCCAAAAAGGAGAAGGAAAAGGAGAAAAAGAGCAAGGAAAAGGAUAAGGAAAAGGAUAAAGAUAAAGGACGAAGUGGGAAACACAAGAAGGCAAGCAAAGAAGAGUCUGCCGCUGCUGCUGCUGCCGCUGCAGAGCAGGCGGAACUGGAGAUGCUCCUACCUUUUAUGGACAAGUACGAUGUGAUCAAGUAUCGACGCAGUCGCGCGGCUCAAAGUGGUUCCUCCGCCUCCAAUUCGAUUGCUCCAUCCGAGGACUCCAAAUCGGCCAGCACCAAGGGCAGUCGCGAGAGCAAGAAGGCCGCCUCCAAGCGCGAAAAGUCACCAGAGCCGCCAGUGGAGCACAAACGUGGCCGAAAGAGCAAAGAGCAGAAGCGUUCGAAGGACGCCGAGAAGCUGGAGAAAACCGAGAAAUCGGAGAAAACCUCGUCGAAGCCUGCCAAGGUAGAGGCGGAAAAGCAUCCGGAAAAGUCGAAGAAAGCGGAGAUACCAAAAACCACAGUGGAGAAACCACCCAAAGAGAAGUCCCCAGCUCCGGCAAAAGCGUCGACAGUUUCUGUAAAGCCUUCAACCUCCAAAGCGUCGGCUGUAAAGGUGUCGCCCCCAAAGGCGGCAGCUUCUAAGGCAUCUCCGAUCAAACCAACAGCCACGGCGACCAAAUCUGAGGCAACAAAAGAGCCUCCUGCCUCCAGCACGGCUUCUGCAGCUUCUACAGCUGUUGCUACUGCUGCUGCUGCUGCUGCUCCAAGCAGCUGCAAAGUGAAGGAAACACCAGCAAAAGCAGCGGCCAAGAAGCGUGCGGCCAAGGAAAUGCCGCCACCACCAAAGCCUGCAGAGAAAUCCGGAGAUAAGGGAGCCAAGAAGGGUGCCAACAAAAAGGGAGCCCAGAAGGGCGGCGGAUCAACGACAAACAGCACCACGAACCUCGAAGCCCUCGAUGUGGAAACAGAGCAGACCCUCAAGGACAUCAAUAGAUGGCUGGAGCACACGCCACGCUUCACGGAAUUCAGUUCCGCCAGCAAUUCCCCCAACUCACGAUACAAUCUCCUGGACGACUUUGACUCGGCUCUGGGUGGCAGCAAACUGGAGGCAGCGGACUUUCGGCGACCGGUGGCCCUAGCGGCGCCCAAAGUCGAGCUGGUCCCCAACAAAUUGGCCGAAGCGUUGAACGAACUGGUGACCGAUGGUCCCCCCAAGGAGGGGGGGCCCAAAUCCGAAGCGGAAUCGGCAGCACCCACGGCCAGCAGUGUGAGCAGCAGCUGUGGCACACCGCCGCAUUCAAUGCACUCGAGCAACUCCAUUGGCAGCACCUCAGCGACGGCGGCCUCCAGUUCCAAUUGCUCCAACACCUCGAUGCCCACACCCUUGCCGGUGGCAGUGACGCCCACACCAACGACGCCUACUCCACCUCCAGUACUGCCGGUAAUUUCGAAGCCCAAGGAGCCUUCGACCACGCAGUUGCUGUUGAAUCCCCCGCCGCCGCCACACGUGAAGCAGCAGUUGGCCAAGGAGGCCAAGCGGAAGAGCCUCAAGGAGAAGCAGGCGGCCACGGCACAGGCGCAGCAGGUGAAGGCCAAGGGGAAUGUGAUGCGUACGAUUGAACGGCUGCAGCCGGGCAAGGCCAAGGGCAAUCUCAUCCAGAAUGUGGCUGCCGGGAAGGCAGAGGAGAGCGCAGACACCACACUCAAUCAGGUGGCCACCAAGACCAAGGAACUGAAGAAUGCCCUCAUCACGGAGACCACCGAUGGGGCACCGAAACUGAGUCUGGGAACUGUGAUCAAAACUCAAGAUUUUACGCUGGGCAAGACGUUCGACGAGCUGGCGGGCUCGGGGACGGGAAAGAAGACAACGGAUGAGGCCGACAGCAGCCCCACCGAGGAGAAUAAAUCGGAUGAGUCGUCGGUGAGUCCCAAGACCGGCAGCAAGGAUCUGGCGCCCAAACCUUUUGAGGCUCUCCUAGAGCUGAGCAAACUGGCCAAGGGAUCCUCAGAAGCAUCCGCCAAGGCAGCGGAGGCGGCCGGGCAGAAGGAGAAGCCGAAUCUGAGCGCCUGGCUGAAGGCCUUUGGCGGUCCGAAGGUGAGCAAAAAGUCCGACGAAGAGGAGAAGCAGCAUACGCCAGGAUCAGGUGGAGAUAUGCCUGGGGAAUCCAACAAGGUGGCGCCACCAGAGCACUCUCCCGCGGGUGAUAACUUUUCGCUGCCCACGGUGAUGCGUCAGCGAAAGCCCAGCACAGGAAGCACCAACUCGGAGAGGAGCUCCUUCAGCCAGGAUCCCGACUCUCCGCGGAUAGCCAUCGAUGAGCGCUACGGAGCGUAUGCCGCGGGCUCGUACACCUCGCCGAUAGGCGCCUCCCCGAUUGGGGCCUCGCCAAUUAUGGUGUCGCCCAAGCCCAACGAUGACAUGGGGAAGCCGGCGUCGCCUUAUCCCCUGAAUGGUGCGAUCAAGGUGGGCUUCUACCAGGACACCACCACCAAGAGCAGUCCCGACAAGAGCUGCAGUCCGCGGGAGAUGAACUCCCCCUAUCCGCAGUACUCGCAGCACAUCUACUCCUCCGCCUCCUCGCCGAAUGUGUCGACGCCGGAUCUGAGCGGGACAUCGCCGUAUGGCGGCGGUAAUAGCUACAAUCCCUCGGGAUCGGAGGCCUCCAAGACGCCAGCGUACUCGUCAACAUCUCCGCUGCCGAUCUACGAUCAGUACAAGCAGCCACGCUCGCAGGAAUCGGACUACAAUUCCUCGAUGAGUCCGAGCACCCCCAAUCCCCAUUCGCCCUACCAGCAGCCCCAGAGUUCGCCCUAUACGACGCCCCAGCAGACGCAACCGUCGCCGUAUCAUGGCCAAUCGCCGUACCACCAGCAGCAGCACUCACCAUAUCAUCCGCAGGCGGGACAACAGCAGCAGGGCGGCUCACAAUCCUCGCACAGUCCGGCUGCGCACCAGCAAGCGCACAGUCCGAUGCAGGGCAGCGUGGGAUCGCCCGCCUCCUCGGCAGCCACUCAGCCGCCAACGCCGCUGGCACAGUCUCCGGCAGAGCAACAACAUUCGCCGUAUCAACAGCCCGUGCUUUCGCCCUACCAGCAGCAGCAGCAACAACAGGUGGUGCAACCUCCUGUGAUUGGUGUAGCACCUGCCGUACAGCCAACCACAAGCGCAGUGGCACCGACAGCUCUGGGAAACAAUGGCUAUGGAUCCGCCCUCGAUGGCUACCAGCAGCAGCAAAGAUCGUUGUAUAAUCCUGCAACUUUGAUCAACCCUCUGCCCACUGCUGCGGCAGCUGUGUCGUCGGCGGCUUCUAUUGCGAAGCCGAACAAUGAAUGGAGUCUGAAUCGGAGUCUGUUGCCUCCGAGCAUUACAAACAACGUUAAUCAGCAGGCAACGCAACAGCAGCAGCAACAACAAUUGCAGGGAGCGCCGCAGCAGCAGCAACAAUUACAGGGCAACACUCAGCAAUUGCAGACGACCGCGCAGCAACAGCAGCAACAAUUGCAAGCAGCCUCGCAACAACAAGUCCUGGGACUGCAACAGCAAAUGAAACCAAAAUAUCCAACCUACGCGCAAUAUCAAUCCACUAAUGCGGCAGCCAGUGCUGCAGCAGCUGCCGAUGCAGUGGACACGCAACAGCAACAGCAGCAGCAACAACAGAAGAUUGUUCCCCCAACUUAUGGCAGCGACAUGGCUACAUUUAUGCAGCAAAUUCAGCAGCCGCCAAAGACAGAGACUCUCAUCAAUCCGUUGAAGAGACCCGGGGAGGAGUUGGGUAUUUCAGCGGAUUUCAGUGGAAAUGCAGCAAAUAAAAUGCCGAAAAUAGAUGAAACAGCGUCACAGCAGCAGCAACAAACGUCGGCACAGAUGCAACAGCAGCAACAACAGACGCCAGCACAGAUGCAACAGCAGCAACAACAGACGCCAGCGCAGAUGCAGCAGCAGCAACAACAGACACCACCACAGAUGCAGCAACAGACUCCGCCUCAAAUGCAACAGCAGACGCCACCACAGAUGCAGCAGCAACAGCAGACGCCAGCACAGAUGCAGCAACAGCAGACGCCAUCACAGAUGCAGCAGCAGCAAACGCCAGCACAAAUGCCGCCACAGAUGCAACAGCAGGUCCAGAACCAUCCGCAAUCUCUCUUGACCAAGCAGCAGCAAAUGUUUAAUAGCUUCCUGGGUUCCGUGACAUUUGGCAAACCAUUGGGCAACAUUGCGCCAGACAAGGCCUUUGAGAUGUACAAUCGAGCGGCAGCCAUGGGAUUCCCAAAGGAUUUUGGCAAGGACAACAGCUGCCAGCUGCAGCAGCAGCAACAACAGCAGCAGCAACAACAACAAGCAGCGCAACAGGCGAGCAGCAACAAGCAGCAGACGAAUCAGCAACAAACGCAGCAGCCACACUUGACGCAGCUGCAGUCGCCGCAUAAUCAAAACUACCAGCAACAACAGCAGCAGCAGGCUCAAAAGCUGCCACUGCAACAACAGCAGCAGCAGCAGCACAACUACCAGCAACAACAGCAGUUGAAUCACAAUUAUACGACACAGCACCAGCAGCAGGCGACGGCGGAUAAACCACCAGCCACACAGGCCGCUGGGGCAGCCGUCAGCGAUGCGAGCAACAUGAUGCACCUUCCCUCGACCGCGCACCAGCAUCAUCUCAGCCAGACGCACCAUUUGGCGGCAUACAAUAAGCCCACGCCGCCACCACCGCAGACCUACAACAAUCCACUGAUGCACAGCCUUACAGAGUCGAUGUUGGGCUAUCCCGGAAACUAUUUCGACAAGGCGAUGCCGCCGGCGGCUCACAUGUUCAGUGCAUCGAGUGCGGCGGCCACAGCGUACGGUAAUCCCGCACAGCAACUGCCUGGCAACUAUGUGCCCGGCAGCAACAAUCCCGCGCAACAACAGCAACAGCAGCAUCAGGCUCCUGUGGCAGCGGCACCCGUGGAGGUCAAGGCACCGGCAAAGCGUGGCAGGAAGAAGAAGGCAGCUACCAUUGCUGCGGAGGCAGCGGCUGCGGCAGCUAAACAGCAGCAGCAACAGGUGCAACAGCAACAAGUGCAGCAGCAGCAACAGGCGGCUGCCGCUCAGCAGGCGGCGCAGCAGCAAGCGCAACAACAGGCGGCGCAACAACAUCAGCAGACAAUGGCGCAAUACAACAUGCCACAGGCGACAGCAGCAACCGCCUCCUCGGCAACCAACAGUCAGCUGCAAGCGCACGCCCAGGUGCUACACCAGGGAUUCCAGCUCUAUGCAGGACUCAAAUCGGGAGGCGUCUCCUCGCCGUCAGUCAGCGCUGCGGCUACUCCCACGGCUGGAGGAGCGAAUGGCAGCAAUCAAACGGCAGCAGAUGCCGCUGCGAUUUCCCUGAAGACCUCCACAGGUGGCAUGGUUCCGGGCAGUGCCUUCAACUUUGCGCCCACACCCGCAGCACUCGGCCUCUAUGGCGACCAGUCGGCAGCUGCGGCUGCCAGCAGCUACUUGGACCAGUUUCGCGAUGCACCCAAUCCCUACUACAUGCCACCGGCUCCAGCGCACAGCGGAGCGGGAGCGAAUGCGGCAGGGAAUGGAGCGGACAAGACUCAGAAUCCACUGAACACGGCAGCUGGAUCGUAUCCCUUCCUGGCGGCAGCACAUCCUUCCACACGAGCGGCGGCCGCAGCGGCGGCAUAUCCCUUCGCGGAUCCAAAUUCUCAGCUCUAUCAGCAGUAUCUGCGACGCGAUGACUUCCACACGCGGAUGAUCUUCAAUCAGAGCCUGCUCGGGGGACCAGCGGCGGCGGCAGCAGCUGCCGGCUAUGGCCAACCGCCACCUCCGCCGUCCGCCUAUCGAUCCGCGACGCUGGGCAUGCCCAAGCCUUAUGAUAUUAACAGGCAAUCAUGGUUUUAGCAGUACGCCAGUGCCGCCAACGUGGAUCUCCAAGGGGACGACAUAACGGGGGCGGCAACUGGAUCAGCAACAGCGGCAGCAACGGCCACAGGAGCUGCCACAUCAGCGGCAGCAGGAGCAACACAGCUAUGAGAUUGAGAAGAGAUUUAACAGCAUUGUAGAACGGUUUCAAAACAGGCAGUCAAUUCAUUGUGUGCUGCGAAAGAGGUCUGGGGCGUGAUUGUUUCUAAAUGAUAUUGUUUGAUAUUUAAGACUCGAAUUCCACUGCCCAAAAAACCCUAUGUACUGGAUUUCAUGAUCCCCUAUCUCUCCCCUGUCCAUAUCCUUUGUGCAAUUUUUCCGUUUAGUUUUGACUACAGUUGCGCCCUGGACCGAAUCGAAUCGAACCCUUGACGAACCACGCCCCCCAAUUAGCCAGUUAGUUGGUCUUUUAGUUAGUAUUUAGUACUCGUUCUAAGCCUUUUCUUUAUGACAAUUAACUCGUACUAGGCGUAGCUCUAAUUAGGCCUUUAAUUUUAUUUAAUUGAACUUAAUUGGUUUUAAAUGCUUAACAAACAAAAUGAUAAUGAUGGCAGAACCAAGCGAGGAGGAGGAGGAUUGAAAUUCAAAGAAUACCCCGACUAUAAUUAGUUUUUAGUUUAUUUCCACAGAAUUUACGAUUAAACGUGUAAAUUAUAAAUAUUAUUAUUGAUUACUUACGUACUACAAUUACAAUGACUAUUAUCGAAGCAGAAAGGAAGGAUGAUCUGAUCGUGCAGCGUGCCGGCAAUUUGUUGAAAUAUUUAUUAAUCCUAAAACUAAGAAAACAAAAUGAAAUGAACCGCAGAAGCAGCAGCAGCAGGCACACACCAGAACUACUAUAUAUCUUAAAGGACACACAUACACACACCCUUUUAGUUUGUAGAAAGCCAAGCAAAACAUGUAUAAAAUUUUGUUAAAUAUGCUAAGUAACCCGUACGCUCUAAAGCCUACCGCCCGCCCCCCCCACAAAUAAACCAAUUCAAAACAGAGCUGCUCCCAUCUAAUAUAUUGUGUAACAUUCCGCCACAAAAAAGGAAAGCCCUCAGCACUCAUCCACCCCAUCCAAACAACAAAACCAAAAACCCAAUACUCUCGACCAUUUUUGCUGUACAUACAAAAGAAAAACUGGUAAAAACAUUUCUCGUUUUUACCACAUCUCAAAAUUGUAGCUUUAAACGGUGUAAAAGAAAAACAUUGAUUGAUUCGAAAUUAGAUGAAAAAUUGAUGGAAAAUUUAUGAAAUAUUGAAAAGUGUCUUAGUCGCUAUUAAAAAUUAUAACGAAAACCGAGUGGGAAAUCACAAGAAAAGUAAGAGCAUAAAACCGAAAGAGCCCUUAAUUAUAUGAAUAUAAAAUAUAUAUAGAAUCGCCCCUCCCACUCCCCGUAAUCGAUUAAGUUGUUAAAGCUUUCGUUUUUCAAAGUUAAAUUUUAAAUUUUCAUUAUGGAUACAAAAAAUAGUUUAUAAAAAAAAAAACAGCAACAAAUCGAAGAUUAAAGAAGAAGCGGAGAAGGAAAAGCGGUACCUAGAGCAUAAAAGAGCAGAAACAAACAUAUUUAAAGAACCACAUGCUAAAAAAAUAUUAUAUUAGUAAUGAAUAAAUAUAUACAUACAUUAUAUAUAUACAUAUAUAUAUUAUAUACUAUAUGCCGUACGUGCUGCAAUGUGUGGCACAGUAAAAUGCGAGUACAUAAAUCUAAAUGUAUGUAUAAACAAACAACACACAGCAAACAAACACACAACAAAGGUAAAUUACAAUAAAGAAUU